AGCGGUCGAGAGAGACAGACAUUUAAGCUGAGCAGCGGCGGCAGAGAGGCGCAAGGAUGGUGAAGUUUCUCAAACCAGGCAAGGCGGUGAUCCUUCUACAGGGCCGGUACGCCGGUCGCAAGGCGGUGAUCGUGAAGUGCUUCGACGAUGGUCCCCAGGGACGCUCCUACGGCCGGUGCCUCGUUGCCGGCAUAGCCAAGUAUCCGGCGAAGAUCAUCAGGAAGGACUCUGAGAAGAAGCGCGCGAAGAAGUCUCGCGUCAAGGUGUUCGUGAAGAUGGUCAAUUACAAGCACAUUAUGCCCACGCGCUACACGCUCGACGUGGAUCUCAAGGAGGUCGUCACCCCCGAUUGCCUCCAGACUCGCGACAAAAAGGUCACCGCUGCUAAGGAGGCGAAGGCCCGUUUCGAGGAGAGGUUCAAGAGCGGCAAAAACCGCUGGUUCUUCACCAAGCUCAGGUUCUGAGCUGAAAUGGUGGUAGUUCUGGGCUCGAUUCUAGGUAAACCUGUUUUUUUCUUUAUAAAUCUGUUGGAAAUCUGAGAUUCCUACUGUUAGUACUGGAUUUGCAUUUUGUGUCUCUCAUCUUCAAACUUAUUUCUUGUUACUCAAUCUACAACAUUUCAGGAUCUAAUUUUGUGUUUUUCCUUGAAUGAAUGCUUCUUGUUUAU